AAGAAAAUAAAGUCACAACAAAACAAUAAAAAUAAUAACAGCCCAGUGCGUAAUUCUUAUGAAAAUAAAUAAAUUUUUAAAAUUUUAUGUUCCAGGUUUUGUGAAAAACAGUAGCUUGUAAAACAUGAAAACUAAUUUUGUUCCACGGGUGAAUCAGCUCGAUUCUAUUCAACUUGACAUCGAAAUAGUCAACAUACUGAGGAAUCAAGUCCACAGCGUUCUACGGAAUCUCCCGCCUGGCCUUCUAAGCCGCUUCCAGCCCGAAAUAAAUCUCCUAACAGACUCUACCUUAUGGGGCCUCUCGGUCCGGAAAUCGUUUGCCACGUUCGGCCAACAAAUGCUUUCCAUCACCUACGAACAGGACCAGCUCAGCGCGGGGAAACUUAAAGCCCAUUACGCUUUAACCGUGGCAUUGGGUUACUUGAAAGAGUUGAUCCAGUUUCGAUUGACCGGUGUCACCUUCUUACAGCGAAUGAUAACGAUCGUAGAAAACUGUCUAACGUGUCUGAACUUUAUCAACUUCUUCCGGUUCCUCCGAACGGGUCGGAAACCAUCGCUUGUGGAUUAUGUUCUGCGGUUGGAGCACCACUCGAUGGAUGGAGCCAAACGGAGGACUGUUGGGUACUCGUAUAUGACGAGGGAGUUGAUAUGGUCCGGGUUCAUGGAACUGCUCGGAUUCACAAUACCGAUCGUUAAUUAUCAUGCGUUGAAGCGCCGGUUAAGGAACAUGUUGAAGCUGGAAAAUGCAGCGUGGAAAGCGGAUAGGAUUGUGCUUGAUACCGGAAGCAGAUGUGUUUAUUGCAACGAAAGGGUUACUCUGCCUCAUCACAUGGGAUGUGGCCAUGUGUUCUGUUACUAUUGCCUACAGGGAAAUCGACUGGCGGAUAGUGGAUUCCAAUGCAACGUUUGUGAUUUUAGAAGUGAAAUUUUUGAGCGGGUUGUAGCUGCUGCAUAGGUUUUAAAUAUUUUUUUGACGUAGAUUUAAGUCUUUCGGUAAGAUAGGGGGGUCAUUCGAAAGUUUCAAAUUUGGAACCGUCACGAAAAGAGGUCAGGAAGUACGAGCCAAUAACUCAGCCGUUUUUCAACGGAUUCCGGAGACUUCCUUGACUUAAUGUACAAUGUAAACUAAAAAGUUGUCGUACCCAAUAAAAAUUACAAUUUUGGUACGAAUUGAUCAAAAAACUCUCUAAGAUUCUAUACAUCUAUUGUAAACAAUUGAUGCAAUGCAUUUAACUAUUGAAAAAUUCAAUUUCGUUGGCCAAUGUUGAAAUUGCUUUUUAACAGUAAAUUGACUACUUUUCGGCAUGAACAUUGUUGAUGAUCAAAUUUCGUAUCCGCUAUCGCACUGUACGUAAUUCUACGUUCAAUGUGCGAUCGUAUCUUUAAUCCAACCCUCUACUGUUUUCAAUAAGUGGUUAUUGGUGAUAAUAUCGACUAUUAAUAAAUUGUUAUUGAUUUUCAAAUAAUUAUUUUUAUUUUGGUAAA